AUGGUGGAGAAGCUAUGGCGGCGGCAUAUGGAGGCUGCUGGUGACGUGGCGCUCAGGCUGAAUAUGGGAGUCCGGGAUACUGCCAGGAAAAGGUACACGGACGUGACAGGCUUCGGAGGGCUCGACGCUGACGUGGAACGGCUCGUGUCUGAGCUGGCGGCGCGUCAGCAGCUGUCAGCGCGGGUCGGCGACAGGUUGGCGCGGCUGCAGGAGGGGAUUCAGGAGCUUGUGUGGCUGCUGGAGAGCGGGAUAGGGAGCGAUGAGCUGGCAAAUGCGCGGAAGCGGAUUGGUGGGAUUCCAGAGCGGGGAGGGGGAGGGGGGAGUAGGGGGGGGAGGGGACGGGCAGGGGGAGGGGUUGGGGGGACCUCUUCAGCUUAUGUGGCUAUGGGGGGAGAUGGAGAAGGGAGUGGGGGAGGAGGGAAGGAGGGGGGAGGGGAUGGGAGGAAAUGGCACUGGUCGUGUGUGGUGCUUGUGGGAGUGCUAGUGGUGUCGUCACUGCUAGUUGUGCCUGCUACUGUGCUCUUGCUCAUGUUUGUGAAGUGA